GCACUGCACAACCUGCCCUGACGCUCUCGGUCUCGUAUGGGUUACAGGGGUUUUGAGAGACCAUCAUAUCAUCCUGUUCAGACCUGGGCGGUGCAACACCUCUGUCAACUCUCUGCAGUUAUGCACGCCAGAGACAGGAUUUUUAUAUAUCACACAAAUUACCACGGACACAUUCUUGGCUGUGCACCAAACGCAAACGCUUUAAUUUGCAUCUCUGAGAUCUAAAGUCUGUGAGCGGUGUUUUAUUCCAGAAGGACAUUUAAAACUGCACAGAUUUUAACUUGAAGGAAUUUAAUUUCGCUGGAAUGUUGAAACAUGACCUUUUUGAGAGCUAAGAAGUGAUUUUUAUUUUAUUUUUUUUAUUGCGCAAAAGAGAAAACAAAACCAGGUUGAGCAUGGAGAACAGCACUUUAUUAAAACUGGACAACGGGACUCAUGCUACGAUAUGGACUGAUUAUAGUAUCGAAUACAAGGUCGCUAGCAUCUUAUUGGUGAUUCUUAUUUGUGGAGUUGGAAUUAUUGGCAAUGUUAUGGUCAUUCUUGUGGUCUUAACGACCAAGCACAUGCGUACCCCAACUAACUGCUAUUUGGUGAGUCUGGCAGUUGCCGACCUCAUGGUCCUGACUGCAGCUGGGCUUCCCAACAUCACCGAGAGUCUGUUCGGUGGCCACUGGGUGUACGGAUAUGCUGGGUGCCUCUCCAUCACUUAUUUUCAGUACCUGGGCAUCAACGCGUCCUCCUGCUCCAUUACAGCCUUCACCAUCGAACGCUACAUCGCCAUUUGCCACCCAAUAAAAGCACAGUUUAUGUGCACCCUCUCCCGAGCCAAAAAGAUCAUUGUUCUCGUUUGGGUUUUAACGUCUCUCUAUUGCGUUAUGUGGUUUUAUCUUUCCGACACGAAAGAGGACGUUUAUGAGAACGCUGUCCUCGUGACAUGCGCCUACAAAGUAUCUAGAAACCUUUAUUUGCCAAUAUAUUUCACAGAUUAUGCCGUGUUUUACGUUAUUCCGCUUUUGCUGGCCACUGUUUUAUACGGAAUGAUCGCAAGGAUUCUUUUCCUCAACCCACUCCCGUCGGAUCCCAAGGAAAGUCGAAGAAACUGGAAAAAGGAGUCGUCCGUGCAUGGGAACUCCAGGAGUUCAUCCAGCAACACAACUGCUGCUUCUCGGAGACAGGUGACAAAGAUGCUGGCAGUGGUGGUGAUCCUCUUCGCUGUGCUGUGGAUGCCCUAUCGGACACUGGUGGUGGUCAACUCCUUCCUCAAGAAGGCCUAUCUGGACACCUGGUUCCUUCUGUUCUGCCGUCUCUGCAUCUACUUGAACAGUGCCAUCAACCCUAUUAUCUACAAUGCCAUGUCUCAGAAGUUCCGCGCUGCCUUCCACAAGCUCUGCCAUUGUGGUCCCCAGCGCUCCGAGAAGCCCCCCACGUAUAGCGUGGCCCUCACAUACAGCGUCAUCAAGGAGACCUCCAAUGGAGAAAGCCCAGACCACUAUACCACAGAGCUAGACGACAUGCGUGGAGCCGCCGAAGAGCUUCUGCCUGAGAGAAAGAGGCUGUCAUUUAAAGAGUCCUCACUAGCUUGUAAAGACACAUUGGCUAAUGCUUAGAUCCUUGGUUGGUGUGUUUGACUAGGGUGCUUAAUUUGCAUUUUCACAGUGUCUCAGUGGCCUAUUGGAUUGGCUGCCACAUGGAAACAGCAUUUUGACAAUUAUUUACAGAUUCGAAACAAAGCGGAUUUAUUCAUAACUUAUCCAUAACCUAAACUUAUAUAGUAGUUCAAAUCCAAAAUAGGUCUUAUCCAGUCCGUGUAGGUGACGUAAUGCUCCUGAGGCAAUCAUUGGUGAGGACUGACAGACAAUUGGAUGGAUGAUUGAACAU